AUGUCAACAAACGCUAGAGACAUUCCCGCCAUAAAGAAAGCUGAACCUGGAACGCCGCUUCCGCCAAAUUAUAGUACAACGCCUUUAGGGACAAUUUAUUCUAGUACGCCUGGAGGAUCAAAAAUUAUGUAUGAUCGUACCACAUUACUUAAUCUUGCCAAUUCUCCAUUGGCAAAAACUCCACCAUCUAACCUGGCUUAUGUUCCUGGAGUAGAAGGACAUUUAGCUCCUCCAAAUGUUCAUCCCUUUCCUGGACUCCAGCAACAAGGUGGUAAUGAUAAACACAGUGACACGGCUGGUGGUGAAAGUGGUGAUGAUGAUGUUCAUGAUAACAAAGAACAUCAAGAUCAUGGUGUAUUUGAUAUGGAUAUGGAAUAA